UUUAAAAAUAUAACCUCAAACGAAGUAUUCCUAUUAAUUAUGAAACUUUAAAUAAGUAUAAACACUUGUAAUCGUAGUGUUUACUAAGCUUGGAAUUUCAUAAGCAAUAUGCCUACAGUACUACUAUUGGACGUUUCAUUAUCUAUGGUACGACCAGUCCAAAUCUCCGAAAACGUUGAAAUUUCGAGAAAGUAUUUAGCAAUUCAAGGAAUAAACGCAUUUUUGGAUUGCUUAAGUGUUCACUCGAGAUUAGAAUUUAUUGCACUGGCUGCAUUUUCUUCAUUGUAUGAAGAACGAUGCGCUUUUACCAGAGAUUACAAUGCGAUUAAAUUGGAGCUACAAAAGUUGGAAGAUCAUGAUAAAACUGCUAUUGAAUCGGCAUUACAUGGUGUUAAUCAGCUUGUUCUUGGGGAAUGGGGAAAUAACAGCGCUUGUCAGAUCGUGCUCAUAACAGAUGGAAACGCCGGCAUUGGCCCAAUGUCGCUUUCCGAAUCAUUUUCCACAUUAAAUCAUCGCAACGUGUCAAAUCCGUUUCCAUUACCGUUUUCUUUCCCAGCCAAGCUGCACGUAGUUUGUAUUGCGCCACCCGAUGAUCCGAAUUUAAUGAAGUCUAAACCAUUGUAUCAAAGAUUGGUGGACAUGGCUGGGUAUAACGGUUCUCUACUGAUUCCUGAAGGCGGUUUAAGUGAGGCCAGCGUGGUUACCAUGUUUCAAAAAUUGGCGGAGGAGAUGUACACCUCGUUUCGAGGAACAUUGAAAUGUGGCAAUUUGGAGUCUCGAAUUAUGUUAUCACCUGCACCAAUACCGUAUAUAAAGGUUACAGACUUUGACUCUCAAACGUAUGUGUUAUCAGAAUUAAUUGAAGUUUGUGGAUUUAUACCGAUAUCGGAUGUUGGGUCACCCAUGGCUAUUAGUCGGCACCUAAUACUUCCCACCAACAACCUUGGUAAAGAGAAUGUGCCGUUAAGUAUGGAAAUUGACUUGACAUCAGACGACGAUACAACGGAGGAUGGAAAAAAUCCAUCGUUUUGUGUUUUGCUACACGGCGCACUGAAAGUUGAAAAUAUGAGCGCGUUGGUUACCGUUGGUGAUAAUUGGUUUGGUUUUAUUUACUCGUGGGCCGACUCUAAAAAGAAAUCAAAUCUUAUGCUAACUGUACUGACUCCAGGGUCAGAUGCAAUACCAUGGUUGGGUGAUUUGUGCCAUCUCGACUCGACCGACAACCUACCUCCUGAUCAAAUUGGAAGCUUUCCCGUUCGACCUUCUGAAAAACGCAGCUAUUCCCAAAACGGAGUUGUGUGGAUAAGACAAUCCGGACUUCAAUCCGAUAUACAGAAAAUCUUAAGGCACGCGCGUAAACUACCGGAGAAAACUCAACAAUUUUACAAGGAAUUAAAUCGGUUGAGAAAAGCUGCUAUUUCGCUCGGUUUUCUGGAUUUGCUCAACGGGUUGGCAUACAUUUUUGAACAGGAAUGUACGCAGUUACCUGGUAGUGCUCAUCCUGAUUGUGCGUUGCAGCUCACUCACGCUGCCGAGGUGCUUCGCAAAACGCAAAACAAAGACAUUAAAUUUGUUAUAUUGCCUUUACAUACUAAUUAUAAUAGUUCGUAAUUAUUUUUAUAUUUUGAAUUACAUGCCUUCAAUAAU